AUGCGUCCUUCGGGUGAUAGCAAAGCUGAUCAAGAUAAGAAGCUGUUUGUUGGUGGUCUCCAUCAUUCUACAACAGAGAACCAGUUGCGGGAGUUUUAUUCGCAAUGGGGUGAGAUUACUGAUGUAGUGGUCAUGAAAGAUCAGCGAACUGGUAAAUCUCGUGGCUUCGGUUUUGUAACAUUUGCUGAAUCGUCAUCGGUGGAUGCGGCUCAGGCUGCGCGACCUCAUACAAUUGACGGCAAGACAAUUGAUUCAAAGCGAGCCAUGCCCAGAGAGGAGACUAGUCCCGAAGUUCACGCCGCAGUCAAGAAAAUCUUUGUCGGUGCUUUGAAAAAGGAUGUCACGGACGAUGACUUGUCUCAGUACUUCUCUCAAUUCGGAACAGUAACUGAUGCGUCGGUCGUCAUGUCUAAGGAUCGAAAUGAAUCGCGAGGAUUUGCUUUCGUGACAUUUGAUGACACUGACGCGGUGGACAAGGUCAUCCUGUCAAAACCGCACUCUAUUAAUGAAAAUAAGAUUGAUGUCCGUAAAGCUCUAAGCAAGGACGAGAUGAGUAAGAUCCGCUCAAGGCCACUGCGUCCGGAUUUUCGCCAGUCUUGGGGAAACGAUAAUUCGUGGAAUGGACAUCGUUAUGAUAAUGGGUAUAACCAGGGUUAUGGCUACCAAGGUUAUGGCAAUUACGGUAACGGAGGUGCUUAUGGUUAUUGUUCACAAGGUUACGGCUACGAAAAUCCCCCGCCAUCAUGGGGGCCAAGUCCUAACGGCGACACAGGUUUCGGUUCCUACCAACAACAGUCGCUCUGGGGUUCGCGUCUCAGUGCCUUCGAGCAGGUGUGCUUUUGGUCCGUCCGACGAGCCACUGGCUAUUUUUGGCGCCUCUGCGUCAUGUACUCCUUCAUUCGCUGUCACUGGCUAAGGGUAGCACCUAAGGCUUGCACAAAGCUCCGUCUAGCUAUCGAAGGCGGUGAUACCACCGGGGUCGGGGUGGCUGCCACCAAAAAGGUGGGGGUUUAUGUGGAAGCUAGUGCACACAGACGAGGUCUCCGAAAUGCUUUGGGUCGUGUGUAUAGCCACGCGAAAAUUUUGAAGUGUCGUGGAAUGAUGAGGCCUCAAGGUGACCCCAAGGAAGAUCAAGGGAAGAAACUAUUUGUUGGUGGAAUCAAUCACAAAACCGAGGAAAAGUCAUUAAGAGAAUAUUUCUCCCAAUAUGGCGAAAUUGUUGAUGUUGUUGUGAUGAAGGAUUCCCACACUGGAAGACCCCGAGGCUUUGGCUUUAUCACAUUUAAGGAUGCUUCUGCAGUUGACGCUGCUCAAAAUGCUCGUCCACAUACUCUUGAUGGAAAAGAGAUUGAUACAAAACGAGCCAUGCCACGGGAAGAAAGCAGUCCGGAAGUCCAUGCAGCAGUGAAAAAAAUUUUUGUUGGAGCUCUUAAAAAGGACAUUACAAGCGAAGAUCUAUCUUCUUAUUUCUCGAACUUCGGAACUAUUGUUGAAGCUUCUGUCGUCAUGUCAAAAGACACGAAUGAGUCUCGAGGGUUCGGCUUUGUCACGUUUGAUGAUACUGACGCUGUGGAUAAGGUGAUCCUUGGUCGUCCUCACACCAUUAAUGAACAUAAAAUUGACGUUCGCAAAGCUCUUAGCAAGGAAGAGAUGGGCAGGCUUAGGUCUCGGCCGCCACGCCAGGGACCACAUCAAAUGUGGAAUCAGGGCGCUCCAGAUUACCGUCAACAGGGCUGGAAUCACGGUUAUAACCAGGGCGGGUAUGGUUCGUCUGGCUAUCCCUCUUAUGGUAGUGACCAGUAUGGAAAUGGAUAUGGUUAUGAUAAUUACCAACAAUCAUGGGAUUAUCAGUCUGCAGAUUCCUUUGGCUCUUACAAUCAGCAGCCAUACGGUGGUGGACCCAUGCGUGGUGGUCCCCAGUAUUCUAGACCAGCACCUUACGGAGGCCCAAAUUCAUGGGGACAGCAGCGUUAA